UUAGUUAGUUUUCAAUUUCAAUUUCAGUUUCAGUUCCUAUAAUUUAUAAAUAUUCAUAUCUAUUUAUAUGCAUGUAUAGAGAAUAAAAAGUGUGAGUUAUAUAGCUGUCGAGUAUUUCCGUUUUGACAAUUGGUAGAUAAUUUAUCUGUUUUUUAUAUAUGUAUAAAUAUAUUUCAGCUAAGAAAAACUUGUAAACUUCUGUGUUUCUGCAAGUGGGGUCUUAAUACCUUCAAAAAAUAGUCCUUCAAAUGAAACUGAUCAUAAACCAAAUUUGAAAGAGAGAUGUAUUUUUCAAAAACGACAAUUAUUAGAAAAGCAGAAAAAAAGCAGUUAAGUGAUACUGAGAUCAAUAAUAAUAUAUAGUAUCUCUUCAAGAACAAUAUCUCAUUACCCACUUCUCCUUUGUGCUGAUCUAUCAUAAUCUUUAAACCCCAGAAUCAAUGGAGGAAGGUGGGAGUAGUCACGACGCAGAGAGUAACAAGAAGCUAGUAAGAGGGAAGAUAGAGAUAAAGAGGAUAGAGAACACAACAAGUCGUCAAGUAACUUUCUGUAAACGACGCAAUGGUCUUCUUAAGAAAGCUUAUGAGCUUUCUGUCUUGUGUGAUGCUGAAGUUGCCCUCGUCAUCUUCUCGACUCGUGGCCGUCUCUAUGAGUACGCCAACAACAGCGUGAAGGGUACAAUUGAAAGAUACAAGAAAGCUUGUUCCGAUGCCGUUAACCCUCCUUCUGUCACCGAAGCUAAUACUCAGUACUAUCAGCAAGAAGCCUCUAAGCUUCGGAGGCAGAUUCGUGACAUUCAAAAUUCUAACAGGCAUAUAGUUGGGGAAUCACUUGGUUCCUUGAACUUCAAGGAACUCAAAAACCUCGAAGGACGUCUUGAAAAAGGAAUCAACCGUGUCCGAUCCAAGAAGAAUGAGCUGUUAAUGGCAGAGAUAGAGUAUAUGCAGAAGAGGGAAAUGGAGUUGCAACACGAUAACAUGUACCUGCGAGCUAAGAUAUCACAAGGUGCGAGAUUGAAUCCGGAGCAGCAGGAUUCGAGUGUAAUACAAGGAACAGCGGUUUACGAACCCGGUCUAUCUUCCCAUGACCAGUCACAGCAUUAUAACCGGAACUAUAUUCCGGUUAACCUUCUUGAACCGAAUCUACAUUUCUCCGGUCAAGACCAACCUCCUCUUCAACUUGUCUAAGUUUUAAACAUGAAAAAAAACACUUGUUUCUUCCCCUCAAAACGGUUGUUCAGAGAAAGACACUAAGAGUAACUUCUUCUCAUGCAUAGUUUUUUAGGUUCCAAUAAUAAUAACAUAAAUAAAUCAA